AUGCAAAGACGUCUCGAGGAGACACGACGUUUUUCUAAUCUCGAGAGAGAGUGAGAGGAGCAGACGUGAAAGGAGAAAGUUGGCUAGGAGAGGUUGCGAGGACAGGGAAAAGAAGAAAGGAGAGGAGAAGAAGAAGAAAAACAAGAAGAAGAAAAAGAAGAAGAAGAACUAAAAGAAGAAGGAGAAGAAGAAGAAACAGGAGGAGAAGGAGUAGAAAAUGAUGCGAGAAAGUUUCAUCAGAGUUUCCUAUCUCCGGUCGGUUCUCUGCCGCUGUUGCAAACCAAGCUUGGGAAACGACACAAGGAGAUAUUUUAUUCAGAAGACUCAUAUGAGAACUGCCUAUAUAUGGUGUUGUUACACACGACGUCCUCGCCUGCCUCAUUAAAGCCUCGGCUGCAGCCGCCGUCCCGACUAGUACGAAGAUACCUGACGGUAGACGCGCCUUCGCCGCCAGCAAUUCAUCCGGGGCUUGUCGUCAGCAUCUCCUAG